AUGCGAACACACACUUGUGGAGAACUUGAUGACAUCCAUGUUGGACAAAAUGUUUGUUUAAUGGGUUGGGUAGAAUUUCAAAGAAUGGGAAAAUUUGUAUUAUUACGUGACGGUUACGGUAAAACUCAGCUUACCAUUCCAGAAUCGAAAAGUAAUUUUCAAAGUCUGGUAGAAACAUUAAAACCGGAAUCUGUUUUAUUGGCGGAGGGUACAGUAUUUCCUCGUCCUGCAGGACAAGAAAAUUUGAAACAAAAAACUGGGAAAAUAGAAGUAAUAGUAUCAGAUUUAAAAGUUUUGAAUAUGGCUAAAAAUUUACCAUUUUCUGUAAGAGAUUUCAACAAGCCAAAUGAAUCAAUUAGAAUGAAAUACCGAUAUUUAGACCUCAGGUACCCUAACAUGCAACAUAAUCUUCGCCUAAGAUCGAAAAUUAUUUAUAAUAUGCGAAAAUAUUUAAUAGAACAUUUGGAUUUUGUGGAAGUUGAAACUCCAACACUUUUUAAAAGAACGCCUGGUGGAGCUCAAGAAUUUAUUGUACCUACUGAGAAAAAAGGAAAAUUUUAUUCUCUUGUACAAAGUCCUCAACAAUUUAAACAAUUGCUCAUGAUUGGUUCUAUUGACAGGUAUUUUCAAAUAGCUCGUUGUUAUAGGGAUGAACCUAUGCGUAAUGAUCGUCAACCAGAAUUUACUCAGCUCGAUAUUGAAAUGUCAUUUUGUGAUAGAGAAGAUAUAUUUAAUUUAAUUGAAGAAUUACUUAAAAAUUGUUGGCCAGAAAGUUUGGGCAAAUUAAAAACUCCAUUUCCUCGGUUAUCAUACGAAGAAGCCAUGAAUUCAUACGGGACGGAUAAACCCGAUUUACGUUUUGAUUGGAAGUUGAAGGAUUUGACUUCAUUAUUUUCGAAUAACAUAAACAAUUGCGUGGGACAAUUCAAAUUGAAAAAAUUUUGGGAUAAAAAAGAUUUUGCAGUUUAUGGUUUUGUUGGACGUAAUGGAGCAGUGAGUGAAAAAACAGCAGAAUUAAUUUGUUAUACAUACAGUUGUGAAUUGUAUUUUAUUAGUCAUGUUAAAUCUCUUAAAAGUAUGCAAGAUACGCUACAAGCUUUAUUCAAUCCAAUUAUAGCUGCUGAAAUAAAAAAAAUAACAGAAUACGAAAAAGGAGAUGUUUUAUUUUUGGCAUUUGGAUCGAAAAAAAAUGUAGUAGAAUCAUUGGGUAAAACCAGAGUUAAUUUUGCGGAUUACCUGGAAGAAAAUGGAAUCAGCGUUUUUGAUAAAAAUUCUUACUGUUUUUCGUGGAUUGUGGAUUUUCCUCUUUUUGAAAUAGUAGAUGAUAAAAUACAAUCAGCUCAUCAUCCUUUUACUCAACCACAUUCAAAAGACUUUGAUUUAUUAGAAAAAAAUCCUUUAAAGGUAAAAAGUUUACAUUUUGAUUUGGUACUUAACGGAAAUGAAAUCGGAGGAGGAUCAAUACGUAUUACAGAUGGAAAUUUACAAAAAAUAAUUUUAGAAAAAAUAUUAAAUAUGAAUGCCGAGAGCGUAUCACAUUUGAUCGAGGGAUUAAAUAGUGGUGCUCCUCCUCAUGGAGGAAUUGCAUUAGGUCUUGAUAGAUUAAUGACAAUUAUAUGUAAAGCAAAUUCAAUAAGGGAAGUCAUAGCUUUUCCAAAAAAUCGUUUGGGACAAGAUCCAUUAUCUGGAGCUCCUUGCGAUAUUUCUGAAGAUGAGAAAAAACGUUAUCAUUUACAAAUAAGUUCUUAA